CACAGUUGGACAGCAAGGGCACAGGGAACAGCUGAAAUGAUCAGCGAGCGGUGUAGUGUGUGUAUACUCCUGGAUCUAAUAUCGCCUACCUGUCCUUGUCACUCUGAUACUCAGUGCAGCUAGCAGUAUCAGAGAGAGAUAUAAAUCUUCUCUUCCUCCAGUCUAAAAAACGCUAUUGUUUGCCUGCGAUUUGCGAAUAAUGGGAUUCUUCUAAGACAUUUUAAUCCGUUUAUUCAAAGGUGGUUGUGAACUUAAAUGCAAUAGGAAUCGCACUACUGUAAAUCUUGACACCGCUGAUUCCUUUUCGAAUCCAACGGACGUGUUUUUUUUGUGUGUGUGGUUGUCUUUUUUUUUUGGUUCCACUGAGGGAACAUAAUCUGCGUCUGACAGUGCUUUCCUAUCGAUGAACUCUAUGAGGGAUCCACUGAAUUUGGACCAUCACCACCACCACUUGUCCGGGAAUAAACUCGCAUCCACGCACCACACGGCACUUGCAAUGGCUUCUAGCCUGCAGCCCUUGCAGCGGUCUGUGGACUCCAAACACCGGUCAGAAGUGCAUACUGUAUCGGACACCUCCAGUCCAGAGUCUGUAGAAAAAGAAAAGGGCCAGAGUAAAAAUGACGACUCUUCAGAUGACCCUAAAAAGAAGCGACAGAGGCGGCAGAGGACUCACUUCACCAGCCAGCAGUUGCAGGAGCUCGAGGCCACGUUCCAGCGAAAUCGCUAUCCGGACAUGUCCACAAGAGAGGAGAUAGCUGUUUGGACCAACCUCACAGAGGCCCGCGUCAGGGUGUGGUUCAAGAACCGGCGCGCAAAAUGGAGGAAAAGGGAAAGGAAUCAACAAGCCGAGCUAUGCAAGAACGGCUUUGGUCCUCAGUUCAACGGACUAAUGCAGCCCUACGACGACAUGUAUCCCAGCUACACAUACAACAAUUGGGCCGCCAAAGGGCUAACUUCGGCCUCUUUGUCCACCAAAAGUUUUCCUUUUUUCAAUUCCAUGAACGUCAACCCGUUGUCAUCGCAAACGAUGUUCUCCCCUCCUAACUCUAUCUCCUCCAUGAGUAUGACCUCCAGCAUGGUACCGUCCGCAGUCACCGGUGUACCCGGCUCGAGCCUCAACAGCCUCAAUAACUUGAACAACCUCAGCAACCCCUCUCUGAAUUCGGGAGUUCCCACGCCGGCCUGCCCCUACGCCCCGCCGACCCCUCCUUAUGUGUACAGGGACACUUGUAACUCCAGUCUGGCUAGCCUGAGACUGAAAGCUAAGCAGCACUCGAGUUUUGGAUAUGCCAGUGUUCAGAACCCGGCCUCUAAUCUGAGUGCCUGCCAAUACGCAGUGGAUAGACCAGUCUAAUUCCUGAGAAAACACAAAUCCCUAGUCACCGGAACGAGACACUACUCUUUCUUUCUUCUUUUUUUUCUCCAAAAGGGCACUAGAAGACUAAACCACUGAAACGGGCCGAACUCAGCCAUGGAGUUUCAAACUUCAACGGAAGUAAUUAGACGUUUUUACCUGAUGAAUAUUUUGUUCUGCAUCGGCUAGUGCAGAAUACAGGAUACUUUGUUUCCUAUAAGCUUGUUUAUUUUGAAGUUUCACAUUUGGAAUCAAAGGUUGUACAUAUCUAAAUAUCUUCUCCAGUUUAUAGAAGCGAAUGCUAUAGCUCUCCUUUCCUCUCAAGGUUCAAUUUAACAACGCAUGUGGAAACCCCUAAAAUGAAUAAUGUUUUGCUUGCAAACAAGGGAAUGUACAUACUAAACGCACUAGUUGUGUGUUUCUAACAUAUAAAUUUAUUAUUAAGUGUCUGUGUGAACAUCGAUUUAGAAUAGCAAUCCUGGGUAUUAAAUGACGCAUCAAAUGUUCCUGCGAGAUUGAAUUGGUUUUUUUCUGUGUAUACUAUUUGGUACGGACUCUUGUUUCGUUUUUUUCAACAUCAAAAAAAUAAACUAUUGUGUUUUAUUUAAUGGAAGUAAAUAUAUUGUU